AUAGAGAUCACUGGCACGAAUCUUGUAACGAGCGCUAAAUGGUAACGAUAAAGGCCCUCUUCCCACUCUGUGUAUCUUGUAUCGUAAGUUUGGAUUUAAAGUCAUGGAAACAAAUGGAUAUCUUCUUAAAAUUAUCAUAGCUAACAUUUGAAUCAUGGGAAAAUGGCAUAGUUAAUGGCUGAGAUGAGUUUAUGCCCCAGUGUUUGGUAACCUCGCUUUUCAGCAAGAUAUCAGGUAGGACAAGUGUUGAAGUUUCCAGCGUGGGAACGCAAAGUGAUUGGUCCGCCGGGAUGGUUAUAAAAAUGCAGACUUGCAUCGAAGUCUCACUUGAGUGCUAGCAGGCAAGCGAGACAGACACAAUUUCUAAAGAAAGACUAUCACCAAAGUGAAUUUGCAAUCAAGAAAAUGUAUGCUAGAAGCAAAAUACUCUUUGCUGUUGCUGUAAUUGCAUUCUUAAUCAUAGAUGACAUAUCAGGGAAGUGCUCAUCGUACCAAGAAGUUGCUGCUUGUAAAAGUAUUUUGGAUGGGAUUCAAGGCAGCGACUCAAAAGAGUGUGAUAUCGCGGAGAACUGCCUCAAAAGACUGUCAUGUUGCUGUUCACCAGACAUGCCAUUGCAAGAAAGGCUACGUUGUAGUGUGACAAGGCGUAACAUCGGUUACGACAUAUUUCGAUUGAACUAUAUCUGCAAGCGACUCGUUGUUCAGCAACCAGCAUCACCCACCUGCUAAAUUGCAGCAUACUGCAGAAAUAUACUGCAAUGACGUCAGCUGUUGUAUAUCAUAUACCUGUAAUUGUUUUAGUUCGAUAUUUACCCACCGCAGACAAUGACUUCAUAGGCACGUUAACACAGCUCCAAGCUGCGUAAUGAAGAAACCAAGUAUUAGCAAGAUGGGCAGUACAAAGCAAGUCCUUUGUUACUAGUAUACUAGCAAACCUUUAGAAAUUAGUUACCAGUAGAACAUUAACAGGCUAGCUAGACGAUAUUUCUUAUUGAUUUCAUGUUCGCAGACGAAAACGUCUCCAGGCAAAGCAACCCAUAUAGAAGCAUGUCCGCAGGCAAGUGUCAAAUUGCCUUCAGAUAAACUCUCCUAUGGUUCUGGCAAAUGUUGAAAAACCUAAAUCUGCUGAAAAAUCUAUAUAAACAAUAAUAUUUGUCCCAUUCCGAAAAAUACCUUGCCAUAUAGAGUGCCUGAUGCAGUAAACGGGAGGAUUUGCUAAUUCUACUGCUAAGAACAACCAAAGUUUUCAUUACCUUAUGCAGUGGCGUCAUCAAGUCCACCCCAGGAUUUAACGAAAACUCCGAACUCCCUUCAUAGUCGCCUACUUGUUUUUGCAAGUGAUAGAGUGUCCUUCUCAACAUACCCCAAAAAAAACUCUAGGAAACUCUAGUUCAAGCCAGAAACAGUCGUUGAAGUUUUCGUUACUGCAUUGCAUUGCUGUUUAAUACUAUAUCGUGAAUUAAUCGACAUAUAUACAAUUGUAUAGGAAGAAAACAUACCUUUGUUAACAUCUUUAUGUUAGCUAUAAGGAAAUGUUAAUGUAAAUUUUUAUAUUCAUGAUGCAUAUUAUUAAGAGAAAGAUUAUACAUGUAUCUUACACCAAACAAAAGUAAUUUAUUUUGUUGUAAAUAUGUUAGCCACAUGGUUCCAAGAACACCAACAUAUAAAUGAUUGCUCUUUGUCCCUAAGAUUCUUUCAAAAUUGUUCGCUCUCUUCCAAAAUGGUUUCGAAAAUUUUUGCAAUUGAACGAUAAUUGGAAUACUAAACCAUUGAUGAAUAUUGAGUUACUACACUAUGUGUAGUUGAUGGGAGCAUGUGUGCUCUUUGUUUUAUAUUUAGAUAUAAAAUAUAUUUUACAAAGUGAGAAAAUCAAAAAGAAUAUGUUCACCCGAUAAUGGCUGAGAGGUUAUUGAAUAGAAUCUAUUCUUUUAAUUUAAAGGAAUUUGCCAUUUUUUAAUUUGAAUAACGUUUGCAAUAUCAAUUACGUAUAGCAAAGGUAAAUAUUAUUAGAUUGUAUACAUGUUACAAUUAUGCAACCUGCUUCACAAUAUUGAUACCAACAGAUAAUGUUGCUGCAUCUGUUGGUUUCUUAUUGUAUACCUAUGGAAGGUACGGGGGACUGUUUCCAGUAGAAGGGGGUCUUAGGGAUGUAUUGGCUUGGAAGAACUUGAAUAUAUUUUGGUAUUCUGUCGAAAAAAAAUUAAGGUAAUGUCUAUCUACUGCCCGAUCUAAAUUUCACCUCCUAGUGGGCUCCUGAACAGUCUUCUUGCUAAUCCUUUAUUCUGGGUAGUGAUUCUCGUAAUGACAAAAUACAAGAAAAAGAAGUCGCGCAGCGAAGAGCGUCAUAGAGACACUUUUGUCUCUUUCCCUCUUUUCUUUCUAUUGAUUUGCUAGCGCAACGAUACAGGUGUCUUAAAUUGCUGUAAGUGGAAUUCAAGGAGGGCGCUAGAUGUGCCCUUUUCCCUACCCUGGGUACCAGACUCACUAUAUAGUGAGUCUGGUACCUAGGGUACCUUUUCCCCUAUAACCGGCAACAUAAAAGUGCACAUGACCUAACGAUAGGUUGUUUUAUCUGAUUAUUUGAAAAGUGGUGCAGUUUGAUACUGCGUUCUGUCUAAUACACUUUUUUUACUUUAAGACCGUUUCAUACUGCGCUCUGCCUAAUACACUCUUUUUUUGUAGAACAAUUUCACAAGAACACGAGCCUCAAAAUUGGUCAAAAGUUAAGAACAAAUUAAGAACAAGCUGAGGCUGAGCUUCUGGAAAAUGCAAAACAACCUUUUUAUUUCAAAAUCGAGGAUUUUAAGCAAUGUGUGGGUGCUUUUUCGGUGAAUAUUCAAAUUUAUCAGCAAAUUAAGGCUGUCUCACUCGCUUUGUUGGCAAAUGAGGCCUGAACACCACCCUAGAGCGAAAAGCUAGCACUCGCACUGCUAACACCAUAUUAGAUUAAAAACAAAUUAAGAACAAUCCAGCCUCAGAUUUUCAAAGAAAUAAGGAACAGUCAGUCUGAACUUAAAUUUAUUGAUUCUUAUAAAAAAGUGCAUAGAGAUAUCACCACCGGGUUGAAAUGACCAUGCCAGUUUACCCAACGGUCGAUUAUCCUACUUAUCGCAAUCAGCUGAAAAACAAUAGCCUUGCUAUCAUGUUAAGAUAAAGGAUAGGAAAUAUGAACUUUGGCUUGUGAUUUAGCCUAUGUUUCCUCAGCAGUGGUAGUGGCAAGGAGGGUAUAUGGGGGGAUGGGGUAAUUAUAUUCGCCAAUACAUAGUCCACGAAUUUUUUCUAGAAAUUGAAUCAAGAAGGGUUAGGUAGAGGUAGGUCAUUUUUUCGCCUUAGGAAAAUUCUCCUGGUACAAAGCACUAAAACGAGGCAAAAGGGCGUGGUCUCACUGAUUACGCCCAUAUCCUUCCCAUUCUGCGGUAGCUGGCGUCGCCAUUGCAAUAUUCCCUGUAAUGAAUUUACUCACAUCUUGCAGCAUCAAUCUUUGCUACUAAGAGUUUGAGACGGCAAACUUCAAAUGUGAAUAUUUAUAUAAUUCUUCUCCCAAUUUCUCGAUUCCCCCCUAAUUUCCCAAUUCCCCGCCCAAUUGCUUAGGCUCUUGAUUUCUUGGCCACAAGAUC